AUGUGCAGUAACGUGUAUACAUUUUAUACAUAUGCCUGCGAUGAACACAUAUUUGCCUUCACGCACGUAGACACGGGAGCUGUUAUUUUCCGGAGGCAUAUCAUCAAAGAAAUAUGCAAUAAGAUAAAAGAAAUUCAAAACUAUAGCUUGAGUGAUCAGCAUAUAAGAGAACUGAACGACCAAAUAAAUAAAUUAAUUUCUAUAAAAAAUAAGUGGGAAAUUCGAAUAAUAGAGCUUGGAGGCCCGGAUUAUCAAACGGAAUCUAAUACGUUGAUAAAUGCACAUUGCAGUGAGCUUAAAGGAAACAACAACUACAAAUACUUUGGGGCAGCAAAAAAUUUGAAAGGAGUAAAAGAAUUAUUAUUGAAAGAAAGUGAAGAUCGGAAAAAGUUUAUUUUAAAAAAGAGAAAGGAAAAGAGAUAUUUUGAUAAAUAUGUAAAUAUUCAUUAUUUUGGUUAUUGUGAUGAUGAAAAUGAAAUGUUAUUAAGAGAAGAAUUAAAAAUUCAAAAACAACUAGAAAAAAAAGAUUUAAAAAUGUUAAAAAAAAUUAGAUCACUAAAAAAUAAUAAUUAA